UUUGCGUAGUUCAUGUUAUUUGUAAACAAAAGCCUUAAAUUAAAAACAUUAGGAUGUAGAUAGCAUGAGAGAUAAGGAGUGUAACAGAAACUUUUAGUAAGAAAUUAAACUGUUGUAUAAGUCCGCAAGGCGUGCUUUUUUACGAAUUUGUAGUGCUGACAGUUGUUUGUAUGGCAAACAUCGAAGGAUGACGGAAGAGUCAGCCACUACGCACUCUCCGAAAAAGAAACAGAAGAUGUCACAGGAAAACACCAAUAAAUGGAAAAUUUUAUGUAUCCAUGGGUAUCGACAGAACGGUGAUGUUUUCAAGCAGAAAACGGGAGCUCUCAGGAAGGUGUUGAAAAAAAAUGCAGAAUUCGUUUUUGUGACAGCUCCUAUGAGGGUACCACCUCUUGAAACAAGUGAACCACAGACAACAGAUGAAUCAUCUAAUCUAGAACAGUAUGGCUGGUGGUUCUCAGAUGAGAACAGUGGAUUUAAUUCAAAGAAACCUUCAGACGUUUGCAUUGGUUUCACUAAAAGCUUGGAGGUGAUAACCAAUGCUUUUAAGGAAAAUGGUCCUUUUGAUGGAUUACUUGGAUUUUCACAAGGCGCAUCUUUUGUCAGUGUGUUGUGUGGCAUGCAAGAAAGGGGAUGUUUGUCAUUUUCUUUCAAAUUUGCGAUUUUGAUAGCGGGCUUCAGAUCAUUGUGUUCUCCUCACUACAAGAACUACCUGAAGACAGUGAAGAUUCCUACUUUACAUGUGUAUGGUGAAACAGAUCAGAUAAUUCCAAAAGAAAUGAGUGAGGAACUGACAUCUUACUACUUAAAUCCGAUAAAAAUGGUGCAUUCUGGUGGUCAUUAUGUACCAGCAUCUGGAAAAGAUGUGUACAUUAAGUUCCUUGAAGAAGGCAUCUGGGAAGUCAUGGAAGAAGAGGAAUGUGAAGAAAAUGAGUCAGUGAGUGGAUGUAAUGAUGAAUCAGAGGACAGUGAAAUAUAGCUGGCAUUCUGAGGAAAUGCUGCAUUGUUCUAUUAAGUGAAACUAUUGCAGAGUCUUUCAAUCACAGUAAAAACUGAUGUGUGCAGGUCGCAUAUCGGGUGCAAAACUGGCUGUCUGGAACAGUAAAAUUGUCGUCUUUCCAUGAGCUGAUUUGGAAUGUAAAUUAAACAAUGUAUCUGGCUCUGUAAUAGUACUUAGUAAUAUUCUGUUUUUAAAUACACUGUUUCACUUUUAAAGACAAAGAAGACUUCUUAAA